AUGAACUGGGAAGCACGUGCGAACGAAACCUUCACAAGCCGUUGGAAACUCCCACGCGCCGCCGGCAGGGACGCCGAUUUAAAAGAGAAAGCCGGAAAAGGGCUAGAGCCGCUUCUUAAAGGCAAUCAGAUCUGCCCGUGGGUGCUUCGGGAAGCUCUAUCUGCCGUCGAUUUGUUCUUGAUUCAUGAUCGCACGGAUGGCGUCGUUUUCUCGGCUGUCCCAAAACCUGACCGCAAGAUCUGGCACGGAGGGUGUGUGGAUCGGGCCCACGUUGGUGACGUGGAUGGAGGCCAAACUGGCAUUUCCAGCGUGUGGGAGGGAAGUUACGCGCAGCGCGUGGCUACUAGGAAAACGCGUGUCGAUGUUAAGGGUAAUACAGUAAAUAACGUGAAGAUUAUGAGAGCAGAACUGUGUUCUCUGCAGAUUCUCAGUUGGAAGCCAAAUGGCAUUAGAAAAGCAAGAUUAACAUCAAAACGACAUUGGAAGAAUCCAAUUAAUGGGAAUAUUCGUAUUCUUGUUACCGAGAAAGAAUCAUUUGCGUAUGCUUCCAUACACGAUGCCUUGAAUCUAUGGAUGAAUCCCAACAGAGAGUUGUUGAAAGAGAAGCAACUUACCAUCCCUCAAGGAAACCCGGUUCUCUUCUGGGCGGUGGAGCAGCAUAGUACUGUGGAGGUGCCGCCACAGGAGGCGGCCCCUGAUAAGGACCUGUCUGGGUAUGGAUUGCCAAAUUUGAUCUCACUCAUCUCAGCAAGAUUAAGACCCUUUGCAAAAACCAGAAAGACCCAAAAUAUUUCUCGGAAGACAGGACUUGUUCUUGGGUUGGAAUACAAGAUGACUGCUGCUGGUUCAUUUGGAAAAGUGUUAAAUUCUAAACUUAAAACUUCUAAGUCUCUCCUUUUGGGAAAGACUUUCCUGAUAUUGGCGGGAAGCGCCGAGGUGUCUCGAAAAAAGAGGAGACAUCAGUUACGACAUCGAUAUUCAAACUUUGAGUGA